UUCAGGAUGAUUGGACCGCUGAUCUUACUGUUGUUCUGCGUUUCCCUUGGGGUCACAGAGGCACAAAGUCAAUGUUCCUGCGCCUAUAGCUGGACCCCAUUUCAAAACCAAUGUUACCGCUUCAUUCCAGUGAGAAAAGGACAUGAUGAAGCUGAGUUACAUUGCCAAUAUCUUGGAGGAAACCUCGCCUCAGUGCACAGUGAAGAAACCAACAAAUUUAUAACAAAUCUGAUUACAAGCAGAGACAACUCAAACCCGCAAACUUGGCUUGGAGGCGCUCGCAUUUCUCAGACAAACUAUUGGUUCUUUAAAGAUGGAUCUGCUUUUAAUUAUCAGAAGUGGGGCUCUGAUCAACCAGACAACUAUUGUGGAAGUGAAGGCUGUUUGAUGAUCAACAAUAUUGUUCAAGGAUCGUGGAAUGACGCUGAAUGUGAUCUUGAACUUCCCUUUGUUUGUAUGAAGAAAAUGUGAAAGGACCGAGUGUCACACGUGUUACUGUGCAUGGAUCACACAGAUAAUUCACAGUAGAUGUCUACAGUUAAUUUUAAUGAUUCACUCCAUUAAACAAUACUAAUUGUGCUAAUACUUGCAUUUUCUGAGUCACUUACUUACGAAAUAUUUGUUUUUAUAUUUUAAUUGAAACCCCUUUAACUCUAAUAAACAGUAAAGAUCAGUAAGCAU